AUGGAGGAGCCGCGCCUGCUCAACGCGUCGCUGCUCUGCCGGCCCGCGAACGGCACCGGCGGCGGCUGCGAGGCUCCCCGCAGGUCCGGAGAGCUGGCCCUGGCAGUGCGGGUGCUGCUCUACUCGGUCAUCUUCCUGCUGAGCCUGUGUGGGAACGCCCUGGUCAUCGCGGUGCUGGCAGGGAACAAGCGCCUGAGGACCAUCACCAACUCCUUCCUGCUCUCGCUGGCGCUGAGUGACCUGAUGGUGGCGCUCUUCUGCCUGCCCUUCACCUUCAUCCCCAACCUGAUGGAAGACUUCGUCUUCGGGAGGGUCGUCUGCAAGGCCGUGGCCUACCUGAUGGGGGUGUCGGUGAGCGUCUCCACCUUCAGCCUGGUGGCCAUCGCCAUUGAGCGCUACAGCGCCAUCUGCAGGCCCUUGCAGUCCCGUGUGUGGCAGACCCGCUCCCAUGCCUACCGGGUCAUCUCCGCCACCUGGGUGCUCUCGGCGCUGCUGAUGCUGCCCUACCCGGUUUACAGCACCACCCAGACGGAGCCCAUCCACCCCCACCGCACCCAGUGCAUCCACAACUGGCCCGCGCACAUCAGACAGGCCUGGUACCUGCUGCUGCUCAUCACCCUCUUCCUUGUCCCGGGGCUGGUCAUGAUCCUGGCUUAUGGAUUGAUCUCCUCUGAGCUCUACAGGGGGAUCCAGUUUGAGAUGGGUCUCUCCCGUGAGGCCAAAGGCCAGCAGAAUGGGGCCACCGCGGAGCUCCUGGCCUCUUGCGACGAGGGUGACGGCUGCUACGUCCAGGUGCCCCGGCCCACCGAGAGCCCAAUGGAGCUGCCAGCCUUGAGCCCGGAGGACGGCGCCAAGCGGAAGCGGGCACGCGUCAACAGCUCAGAGUCCAAGCUGCUGGCCAAGAAGCGGGUCAUCCGGAUGCUGGUGGUGAUCGUGGCAGUCUUCUUUGGGUGCUGGCUGCCCAUCUACGUGGCCAACAUCUGGAAGGCCUUCGACCCCAAUGCCGCCCAGCGCACCCUCUCGGGCACCCCCAUCUCCUUCAUCCACCUGCUCUGCUACUGCUCCACCUGCGUCAACCCCUUCAUCUACUGCUUCGCCAACAAGCGCUUCCGCCAGGCCUUCGCCACCACCUUCGCCUGCCGCGCCACGCCCUGCUGGUCCCGACCACCCCAUGCCCCCGAGGAGGAGGUCACCGCCACCGGCGCCUCCUUCUCCAAGAUCAGCUACACCACCGUCAGCAGCAUAGCCCUCCCCGAGCACUGAGGCUCUCCUGCCCGGGCCCACGUCCAGGGGGCCCAAACCCCACGGCCUUUCCUUCCUCCCCUGCCUCGCCCCCUGCCUCGCCCAGGCUGCGGAGGAGGAGUUUCCGGGGGGCUCGAAAACCUGGGAGGGAGCAGCUCUGUUGAAGGGGGGGAGGUGAAUGGCUGGGCAGAGCUGUCUCCUGCCCACCCCCCUGGCCCCCUCCUCUUCCCUGGGACCCCCUUGCCCCGAGGGCCUCAAUUGCUAUCCUGCCUUUCUCCCCCAAUUGCCCAACUGAGGGGUGCAAAAUUGGGGGUGGGAUCCUGCUUGUGGAGUGCAGCAAAGCCUGGGUGCUGCCCGGGGCAAGAGGCAAACGUGGAAUCAGCCAUGAGUUCCACGGGCUGCGGGGGGGGGGGGGUUAAGGGCCCCAGGACCACUGGCCUCCCUCACAGGGCUGUUGUUCCCCAUCUGGAGAAGGAGCAGCAACGUCUUGGCCUUGAGGGUCUCCCCUCCCCCAGCCCUCCUUCCUGGAGACCCCCGUGCACCUGCUUUGCAUAGCUGUAUGCCCCUGCCUCCACCCCCCCCCCACUGAGGAGUCUGGCUGGGGGUUCUGUGGGCCCCCCUGUCCACCAGCGGAAGAACCCCUCCCGUCAGUUUGGGUGGGGGGCAAAUGGGGGCCUUUUCUGUAUC